UAUCAUUCUCUGGACUGAGUCUCUGAGCUCAGUCUGCUCCCUGGACGGCGGAACCUCUGGCUUAUCCCACUAUGGGUUUCACCCUACUCUUGCUUUUUCUCCUGGGUAUGACAGGUUGCAUUGUCAAAGGUGCUCCCGAAAUACUGCAAACCAUUGCCGGUGAUUCAAUCUCCCUGCUGUGCCACUAUGACGAAGAGGAUGCUCGGGCCCGGAAGGUGUGGUGUCGAUUCUUGUCCACAGAAUGCCAACCCCUUGUCACCUCAGUUGUGGACAGGAGAACCCCAGGCAGUGAAAGGGUCCACCUCACCGACCUGGGUGAGGGCGUACUCGAAGUGGUGAUGGAUGAGGUGCAGCUGGAGGAUGCUGGUGAAUACGGCUGCAUGGUGGAGACAACCACAGGGCUCCGGACCCUGGCCAUGUUCAUUCUGAAAGUAUCCCCUCCAGAGUCAAGGCAGGAUAAGGAGGACAAGGAAGACUAUUUGGGAGAAACUUUGACUUUUGCUCCCGUGGAACAUCCUGCAGUCAGCCCAAGCUUCAGCCCCGUGGAGCCCAACCGAGAAGACUGGAGGUACUUUACAAGUAUAACCACAUUUGCUCACAACAACACUGUGAGCAUUCCCUUGGUCUGGGGUUCUGUGCUCCUCCUGAGCCUGCUACUUGUGGCUGCUGUGGUACUGGCUGUGAUCGUUGGAAGGAUGGGGUGCAAGCUGGACAUUUGUGGGCGAUCCCAAAGCAAUGAAGCAUCAGCCUUGGAUAGCAGGACAUCUGCUGAAGAGCCAUCAAGUAUGCCUUAUGUCAAACUGGAGACCCCACCCUCCUUAGAUGACACUACCUACACCAACCCGCCUUUAGGUCCCCCAACAGGAAAGCCACCACCUCCACCUCCCCCAACUAAAUCGGAACCCCAGGUCCAUUUCAGCUCUAAGCCUGUGACAUAUGCGACCGUCGUCUUCCCCGCAGGGGCCGAGGGUGGAGAGGCCCCCACUCAACCUGCUCAGGAGCAAACUGACCUCCAGAACCCACCAAUCUAAUUCAUUACCUACCCUGACUCUACCACGAAAGUAUGUACAUAGGGGUAUCAUUCCUGUGGUCUGGCUCUGUCCAUCUCAUAUCGUAGAACCUAAGAAUAUUUAGACUUUAGAGAUCUUGCCUCCCCGUUAGAAUGUAAGCUCCUUGAGGGGAGGCCAUGUAUUUGUACUCCCAGGUCCUAGCACAAUGCCUGGCAUAUAGUAGAGGCUUAAUAAAUUUUUGUUAAUCAUCUAUUCCAUUCCUCUUAUUUCAGAAAUAGGAAAAUUCAGGCCUAGAGAUGACUGUUGACCCACAGCAAUGAUGAUGAUGAUGAUGAAAACUUGCAUGUCUAUUGUGCUU